GGCAACAGAUGUUUUUGGAAAAAAUUGCAAGAAUUCCGUCAACAACUUAAACAAAUUUAAUAAAGCUUAGAAUCAUAGUUAAAUGAUACGCCGCACAAUGGCCGAUUUUGACAUAAAUGCCGGCCUACAGCACGUAUUGAAGCGCAUCGAGUUGGCGUUACAAAGUCGUCCCAAGGAAAUCAACGCACCCAAACCCCUGCUGGUGGCCGUCAGUAAGACAAAGCCAGUGGAGUGUGUAAUAGAAGCAUAUAAAGCCGGCCAGCGUCACUUUGGUGAAAACUAUGUGCAGGAGCUGGUGGAGAAGAGUCAGCAUCCGGACAUAUUAGCACAGUGUCCCGACAUCAAAUGGCAUUUGAUUGGACAUCUGCAGAGUAACAAAAUCAACCACGUGCUUAAGCUACCCAAUCUGCACAUGGUUCAAACGGUUGACAGCGAGAAACUGGCCAACAAGAUAGAUGCCGCCUGGGCGAAGCUGCAGCCCACGCCAAGUGAACCACUGCGUGUGCUCGUGCAGAUCAACACCAGUGGAGAAGAUGUUAAGAGCGGUAUUGACGCCAGCGCUGCACCCUCACUAUUUAAAUACAUCAGCGCCAAUCUGAAGCAUCUACAGCCUGUGGGCAUUAUGACAAUUGGCGCCUAUGGAUUCGAUUAUAGCAACGGUCCCAAUCCGGACUUUGUGGCACUUAUGCAGGCGCAUCGCGCCAUUUGUGCGGCCAACGAUUUGCCACCCGACGCGUUGCAGGUCUCAAUGGGUAUGUCCAACGACUAUGACAAAGCGAUCGAAAUGGGCAGCACUAUAGUGCGCGUUGGCACAGCUAUUUUUGGACAUCGGGCCGCAAAAGCAUGAGCCCAAGGCAAUCGAGUGAAUUGCUAGAGGAAUGUGCCACAUAGCGUUCGCGCCGUGGGAUGUUUCUCUAUGUAUAAUUCUAGCACAAGUUGUAGUGCCUACGAUUAAUACAGUUGCUUCUCAAUGACGUCCGUAGCUAAGAAUUGUUAUUGGAAAAGCGCCCGUGUGCACAAAAACAAAUGAAAAUCUUCCAAGUUCGUUUAUGUACCAUAUAUUGAUAUACAUGCCCAUACAUGUUUCUCUGUGUACAUAUAUACCCAUACAUAAAUGUAAAAAUGUAUGCAUAUGAAAUUGAUUUGGCUUGUAUAUUUAGAAUAUCUUUAGAUAAACAAAUGUUAUGCGUAGGUUGUGGUUUUCCUGUUACCUUUGUGAUGCUUCGAAUGCUAUAUAGCUGUAAUAUUCCAUAUUAGUUUUAUUAAUGCCAUACUUCCAAAUGUAAAAUCAAUGUUGUUUGCCUGUUAAAUAUGAUAUUCAUUUUUUGCUUAUGAAUACGUCCGAAUUUCCUCGAUAAACAGAAUACUUGGUGCGAUGAAUUUCAUUAUUCCUUUCGGCAUCUCUUGAAUUUCUUGCACUAUUCUGCAUUAUUUUUAAUUUGGCGUUCACGUAAAGCAUUCAUCUUGCAAUUGUGGGAUUUGUGUUUUUUAUUUUGCUUGGCUUAAGGCCAACGGGUUGUCUGGUUACAUGCCAAAUUUCAAAACGCUUUGAAAUUUCGUUAAAAAUUACUUUCGAAAAAGCUAAAAAAAAAAAUAAAUUUUCAUUUUCAAUUACGUCUACGUGAUGAUUUAUCAAUGCAUUUUUAGGCCGACAACUUAAGGGCAAAGUCUUGCGUAUUCAGACUUUCGUUGGUUUUGAAUUAUGUGUUUGGGAAUUCGAUAUUCAGAAUAUAGAUAUGGCAAAUUAAAUCCUUAUGCAUUAUCUUUUUUAAUUUUCUAUUACUGCGACAUAUGAAACGUAUAUGAGAUGAGACGUGGGAAGUAUGUAUUGUAGUAAAGUAGUAUGUAAAAAAUGCACGUAUAUCACAAAAUUUGUAUCACAGAAUUGAUUUUUUAAAUAUGAUUAAAACAGGCUUAAUAUGAAAGCAGUAAAAAGAAAAUAUAUUUGUUUGAUCUGACUGACUGACUUAUUGGCGAUCAACGCACAGCCCAAAUUGCAAGAGCUAGGAAGUUAAAAUUUUCGCCGAAGUUUCCUAAGGCGAUGUAACUACACUCUCAGACGGGGCUUUAGGAAAUUCCAGCCGCAGCUGUGGAAAAUAGGUGAAAAUUAUUGUGAGCAAUUUAUUUUUGUCAUUCGAUCGGCUUCAAACUCAUUUACAAACAAUCCACUAGAGACAUGAUUCCCCAUGUUUUGGGAAAUUUACCCCCUAGGUCAAUUUUCAGGAUUCAAUCAAUAUCAAGUAUCAGCUAAACUAAUUUCUUAAUUUUUUUUUUUAAAUAUGUUUACCACAUAUUUGCAUAUCACAUAUCAAAAUGAUUAGAGUUGGUUAAACAUUAUUUUCAAAAUAUUUGC